GACCCCGCGCCGUACGACUACUUCCCCUUCUUCUACAGCCGCAUCUUCGGUCUCUCCUGGGUAUUCCACGGCCUGGCACCCCCAGGCUCCAAGGUCGUGCCCUUUGGACUUCCGGCCGCCCUCGAGGCCGCCCCCAAGGGCGAGGCCGCCAAGUUCGGCGCCUACUGGGUCGACGCCGAAGGCCGCGUGGCGGGCGUGUUCCUGGAGUCGGGGUCCAAUGAUGAGAACGCGGCGGCCAAGGCGGUCGCGAAGGCGCGGGUCGCGGCGCCGGGGGACCUGGGGGAGCAGGGGGCGGGGUUCCUGCUGGCUGCGGCUGCGAAGCUCUAG